CUGUUGCUCUGAGACAGAGCCAGGGGCCCAGAGCUUCUUGCUCUUGUGCAAAAACCAAGCAUUGAUCGAUCCUCAUGGCGGCUCGGUUGUUGCAGAGGCGGCUGUCUUCCAUCUUUCGCAACAAACAACCUCACGUCGCCCUCCUAAACGGACCACCAUGGCAGUGUCUCCCCUCAACAGAGGCUUUAUUUGCUACAAAUGGACAAGCUGAGGUGGCUAUUGAUAAAAGAAGAAUCCAAACACAGGCAGAACCAAAUAAGGUGGAUGAAGCAGCAGAGGAACAUGAACCUUAUUCCCAGUCCUCCCACAGUUUGAGCCCCACAACCAGCAGUGCUGUUAAUUACACAGCAUUGUCUAACCUGAAAACAUCCAAGCGACAUGACCUUGCAAUGAUAUUCACAUGCAAAGUCUGUGAGACGAGGUCCAUCAAGACAGUGUGUCGCGAAUCAUAUGAGAAGGGUGUGGUCGUGGUACGCUGUGGAGGCUGCAAUAAUCUACACCUAAUUGCUGAUCGGCUUGGGUGGUUUGGAGAACCAGGCAGUGUUGAGGACCUCUUGGCCGCCCGUGGGGAAGAAGUGAAAAAGGGUUGUAUUGAUACUCUAAAUCUGACACUAGAAGACUUGGCUGGAACAAAAUCUACAGGUUAAAAGUUAAACAUCUAUUUGUAAUUUUAACAUUUGUGUUCUAGAGAUUGGCACUAAAUGCUCUCCAAGAGUAUUACGAUCAAUUGAAUGGAUAAAUUAGCCAAGCGACCCAGGCCUAUUUUUCUUGAA